UUUUCUCUUUUGUUUCUUUUUUUUCCAAUUGCCAAAACGAACGAAAAAACGACAGACGUGAUUUACGGUCUGGCAAAAAAAAUUUCUAGUUGAUUGUCGUGUAAAAAAAUCCAAAAAAGUCCGUGUUAAUUUAAAAAAGAAUAGUUUAAAAAGGCCAAAUUACAACAAUAUUAAAGAAAACAAAUAAACGAGUUCUGUAAGAAUUAAAACAUAAAUUGUUUAGCAAAAUAUCUUAAACGUAAGCAAAAUCGUAUGAAAUCUAAUUACCCCCACCAUUGUCAUAAUUUACUGAAAAAAAGGAACAGUAAAAACAAAUCCAACAUAAUAAUAAAAACUAAACUAAAUAAGUAAAUUAUUAAACAGUGGUUGCAGAAAAAAAAAUAUUUAAAACAAAAAAACGGUAAUUUACAACAACAGAGGAGCACUUGCAAAAACAACAUUUUAACAAGUAUACGUAAUUUUGGCAAAAUCAUUGUGGCAAAGUACUGCUGGAAAGAAAAACAUACAAUUAGAAAUAACCACCGUACAACAACAAUAGCUGUAAAAUAACAAAAAAUAAAAUAAAACAAGAAACGAACGAACGGAGGGGACCCCGAAAAUAAAUAAAAAAGAAACUUGCCAUUAUUUUAUAGUGUAAAUGUUCGUACGUAUGUGUGUAAAUAUUUUUAGUGCCAAUUAGAAAAAAAGUUGUAUUUGUUUAAUUUUGAAAAUUUCAUCGUAUAAAAGGCAAAUACAAUUUUCCUCAUCCAUUUGUAAACGAAUAAUAAGAAACCAUCAUAAACUAAGAUUUCUAUAAGUAAAAAACAUAUUUUCACAAUAUUCUUUGAAUUUUUUUUUGUUGAUGAAUUUUUGAAACAAAAAUUUACGUCUAACGUAUUUUCAUCAUUUAAGAAAAAAAAAUCGAAAAGAAAUUUCUACACAACACCUUCAUGCAAAUGAAAAAAUUAUAGAAAUUCAUUAGUUUUGACAUCGUCUACAACAUUUUGGAGUUGUUUUCUUUUGAAGUGAAAAAAUUAAAUUAUUAUUUUGAUUUACGGAUAAAAAAGGAAUUAAUUUGAACACGACCCUACUUCCUACAAAAUGUUAAAGAAAUUUUUAAGAAAAUGUUUUAAAACCAUUUGAAAACUAACAAAAUAUAUUCGGUGGUGGUGUUGGUAGUGGUUUUUAUUGUAUAAUAUUUACUAAAGAAUCUCUCAAAUCUCAAAUACAUUAAAACCACUUUUAAAAAUCGCAAAAAGUCUUAACUAUGGGAGCUAAUGUCUCACAACUGGAAAAGGAAAUUGGCUCGGAUUUAUUUCCACCCAAUGAACACUACUUUGGUUUGGUAAAUUUUGGCAACACCUGCUACAGUAAUUCAGUGCUACAGGCUUUAUAUUUUUGCAAACCCUUUCGUGAGAAGGUCUUGGAAUACAAAGCCAAAAACAAAAGACCUAAGGAGACCCUGCUGUCCUGUUUGGCCGAUCUGUUCUAUAAUAUAGCCACGCAAAAGAAGAAAGUUGGCUCUAUAGCGCCUAAAAAGUUUAUAGCGCGUUUGCGUAAAGAAAAAGAAGAAUUUGACAAUUAUAUGCAACAAGAUGCUCAUGAGUUUUUGAAUUUUCUCAUCAAUCAUAUUAAUGAAAUUAUAUUGGCCGAAAGAAAUGCUAAUAAAAAUGGCUCUGCUGCAGGAACGGCAGCUAUUAAAUCAUCCUCCACUACAUCAACAUCUACCACUGCUUCAAAUUCCUCUACCAAUGGUACAUGUUCCCAGUCUACCGGCUCCAUCAAUGGCAUAGGUAUUGGCAUAACCGAUGCCUCUACGCCCACACAAAAUAACAGCGCCAACACCGAGCCCACCUGGGUGCAUGAGAUAUUCCAGGGUACUUUAACCUCAGAGACUAGAUGCUUAAAUUGCGAAACGGUCAGCAGUAAAGAUGAACACUUCUUUGAUUUACAAGUUGAUGUGGAUCAGAAUACAUCCAUUACUCAUUGUUUGCGCUGCUUUAGCAACACCGAAACUUUAUGCUCAGACAACAAAUUCAAAUGCGAUAAUUGUUGCAGUUAUCAAGAGGCUCAAAAACGUAUGCGUGUCAAAAAAUUACCCAUGAUUUUGGCUCUGCAUCUAAAACGUUUCAAAUAUAUGGAACAAUUUAAUCGUCACAUUAAAGUGUCACACCGUGUUGUAUUCCCUCUGGAGCUAAGACUUUUCAAUACCUCAGAUGAUGCUGUUAAUCCCGAUCGUCUGUAUGAUCUUAUGGCGGUAGUCAUCCACUGUGGUUCGGGUCCAAAUCGUGGUCAUUACAUUAGUAUUGUUAAAAGUCAUGGCCUAUGGUUGUUAUUCGAUGAUGAUAUGGUGGAUAAGAUAGAGGCUUCGACUAUAGAAGAUUUCUAUGGUUUGACAUCGGAUAUACAAAAGUCAUCGGAAACUGGUUAUAUAUUAUUUUACCAAUCGAGGGAUUGCAAUAACUAACUAAAUGCGCUGAGUAUCAUGGAAAUCGCUAUGAUUUAAUUUAGUUCAUUCAACAUGUCUUUAUUUAAAAUAAAUAAAUUCAUAUUUAUUAUAGUAAAACAUAAUACAUAUUAUGAAUAAUAAAUAAAAAGAAAAAAAUAAUCACAAUGCA